AUGCCGAACGACGGCGACAAUCAAACCGUGUUCACAAUCGCGCCCGGGCAGUUGCGCAUCGACAUUCAGGCACUAUCAGACACGGGGCAAUGCGCGACGUACCAUCAGCUUUUUGCGAAUAGUGAUGCGGCAAAAGACUACCGUAUUCUCAUUUCCGCCCCACAAGGCAUCGACGACGAUGACAAAUACUUGUUCCGAAAGGGCUCUGAAGGAAAAUAUAUCUACUAUCGGCAUUCAACUCAACCCCAGCCCAGCAUCUCGUUCGAUUUGAAGGGCCUCUGCGCGGUCAACUUUUUUAAAGGCUUGAUCGAGUCGGAAGCCACACAGUUUUACGGCGGUCUAGGCAAAAUCGGGGACCGUGUCUUCCACCGCGAUGUAAUGCCAGCAGAAAUAUUUUCGCACUUUGUUAUACUGGACGUGAUCAGUGCGGACUAUUGCAGUUUGACGGCGAGUCGGGGGACAAGUCUAGCGUGCAAUACACAAUUCGUCACGGGCUGCGCGUCCGGCGUGUUGGACAUUCCACAAUACUGUAAUCGUGGCGGUGCUCAGGCGAUGGCAUAUCGAGUUAACGCUACCUGCGAGCAGCUCGGUGGCUCGGGUGGACUUGUCUUCGGGCUGAUGAACCCGAUCCCGGCCGGAAUGGAAGUUGAGGUGGCUUACGCAAAUCACAUGACUUUGCUAAAUGAUGUCAAAAAUUAUGCGUUAAACACCAAUGAAAGCACUGCGAUGAUAUCAUACUCGAGUGGUGAGGACACUUUUUGGUCUCCUAGUUCUGCAAGGGGCAUUGGAACGACCCUUGCAGCACUUCUCGUCAUAACCCUCAGCAUGCCA